AUGGCAUCAGAACCGUCAGCUUCUACAUUGGCUACUAGCCGCAGCUCGAUGGUCUUCUCGGAUAGCUUGAGACUCUCAGCCGAGGCUUGGAGCAUCGUAGCUGCCUUGAUGACCGCUGUCAUAGCCUACAAAAUCUGGACCGAUCACAAGUCCAAGUUGCCGCCUCUCGUCAACCCGCCGCAGCUGUUCGAUCUAAGUGGAGCAGCCGUCAAGAGGGACUUUGUUCAGCGAAGCAAUGAAAUCAUUCAACAAGGUUCCAAGACGUUUGGGGGAGAGCCUUACAGCGUCAUGUCUGACACCGGCCGCGUGAUUAUGCUGGCUCCGAAGCAUGUUGAUGAGGUUCGAAACGACCCAAAGCUGAGCUUUUUGAAGAAUACGGAACAUGAUUUCCAUGCUUAUCUGCCUGGUUUCGAACCAUUUGGGGCGGGAAGCGCUAUCCAGAUUCUCAUCUUGGUCGCCAAGAAGCAACUCACCAAGUUUCUAGCGAAGAUCACGAAGCCACUUUCUGAUGAGACAGCGUUCUCUUUUCAGACAGUCCUUGGCGACUCGACAGAAUGGCAUGAAGUCAGCUUGGGCCAGACAAUUCUCAACGUAGUCUCCCGCCUCUCUUCCCGCGUCUUCCUCGGCCCGGAACUCUGCCGCAGCGAAGCAUGGCUGAACAUCACAGUCAUGUACGUGGUGGACUGCUUCAUCGCAGCGGAGAGACUUCGCAUGUUUCCAAAGCCCCUGAGACGUAUAGCCCACUGGCUCCUACCAGAGUGCCAGCGCGUUCGAAGCCACCGCGCCGCGGUCGAACAAGGACGCCCGGUGCCGACGUAUGAUGAUGCGAUUCAGUGGGGUGAGGAGGAGUCCGCAAGGUCAGAGUAUGACCCGGCCAUCUACCAACUUGCGCUCGCUGGAGCUGCGAUUUAUACGAUGACCGACCUCAUGACGCAACUGAUUUUGAACAUUGUUCCGAGACCUGAGUUGGUGGCUGCGCUUCGAUCUGAGAUGAUUGAGGUUCUCGUGAAGGAAGGCUGGGCGAAGACGUCGCUUUUCAAUCUCAAGCUUUUGGAUAGCGUGAUGAAAGAGACGCAGAGGAUGAAGCCGAUUCAGUCGAUUUCCAUGGGCCGCAUUGCCGACGCUGACGUUCAGCUCUCUGAUGGAACGGUCAUUCCCAAAGCUAUGAAAUGCGCCGUCGCCAACACCUCGAGACACGACCCGGCAAUCUACGAGAACCCCCUCGAAAAACCAGGCGCAUUCGUAACAACGGGCCCAGAUUCUCUUGGCUUUGGCCACGGACAGCAUGCCUGCCCCGGACGCUUCUUUGCUGCAAACGAAGUCAAGAUUGCCAUGUGCCACUUGCUUCUAAAGUAUGAUCUUGAGCUGGUUCCCGGGUCUGAUUGUUCGGUGCAGGCGCACGGCUUCAGUUUGAACUGGAAUACAGGAGCAAAGAUUAGGGUGAGACGGAGGAAGGAGGAGGUCAAUCUGGAAAGCUUGUGA